AUGGCAGAACAGCCCGCACCCAUCCCCAUCCACCCCGUCGCUUCCCGCGUAAAGGACGGCGCAAACACGCCCCACGUCGGCCCCCACAUCCACGCCUACAGGGCCGCACACGCAGAGACCGUCGGCCACGAGUCCGACAAAUGGUGGGCAAAGAUGGCCCGUCAGUCCCUCCACUGGGACCGCCCCUUCCAGACCGUCCGCGCCGGCUCCUUCGACAAGGGCGACAUCGUCUGGUUUCCAGAGGGCGGCCUCAACGCCUCCUACAACUGCGUAGACCGAUGGGCCUUCAAACACCCUGACAAGACCGCCAUCAUCUACGAAGCCGACGAGCCCUCCGAGGGCGCCAACAUAUCCUACGCCGAGCUCCUCCGCGAGGUCUGCUCCCUCGCCAACGUCCUCAAGUCCCUCGGCGUCCGCAAGGGCGACACCGUCUCCCUCUACCUCCCCAUGACCUGGCACGCCGUCGCCGCCUUCCUUGCCUGCGCCCGCAUCGGCGCCGUCCACUCUGUCGUCUUCGCCGGCUUCUCCGCCGAGUCCCUCCGCGACCGCGUCCAGGACUGCCGCAGCCGCGUCGUCCUCACCUCCGACGAGGGCCGCCGCGGCGGCAAGACCAUCGCCACCAAAGCCAUCGUCGACGCAGCACUCAAGGCAUGCCCCGACGUCGAGCACGUCCUCGUCCUCAAGCGCACAGGCAACCCCGUCGCGUGGGUCGAAGGCCGCGACCGCUGGUGGCACGAGGAGACCGCCCGCGUGCCCAACUACUGCCCGCCAGAGGUCAUGGCAUCCGAAGACCCGCUCUUCAUCCUCUACACCUCGGGCUCGACGGGCAAGCCCAAGGGCGUCGUGCACACCACCGGCGGGUACCUCCUCGGCGCCGCCCUCACCGUCAAGUACGUCUUUGACGUGCACCCAGACGACAAGUUCGCCUGCAUGGCCGACAUCGGCUGGAUCACCGGGCACACCUACAUCGUCUACGGCCCGCUCCUCAACGGCGUCUCCACCACCGUCUUCGAGUCGACCCCCGUCUACCCGACGCCCUCGCGCUACUGGCAAACCGUCCAAAAACACGGCCUCACGCAGUUCUACAGCGCGCCGACCGCGAUCCGCCUCCUGCGGCGGCUCGGCGCGCACCACGUCGACGGGCACGACCUGAGCACCCUGCGCGUGCUCGGGUCCGUCGGCGAGCCUAUCAACCCCGAGGCGUGGAAUUGGUACCACGAGCACGUCGGGAAGGGCGUGUGCGCGAUCGUGGACACGUUUUGGCAGACGGAGACGGGGAGUAUCGUGGUUACGCCGUUUCCCGGAGCGAUUGAGACGAAGCCGGGCGCGGCGACGGUGCCGUUCUUUGGGAUCGAGACGGCGAUUCUGGAUCCCGUGUCGGGCGAGGAGCUGACGGGGAACAACGUCGAGGGCGUGCUGGUGAUCAAGGCGCCGUGGCCGUCGAUCGCGCGCACGGUGUACCAGGACCACGCGCGCUACCUCGAUACGUACAUGCGGCCGUACCCGGGCGUGUUCUACACCGGCGACGGCGCCGCGCGCGACGAGCACGGGUACAUCUGGAUCAAGGGCCGCGUCGACGACGUGAUCAACGUGUCGGGUCAUCGGCUGUCGACGGCGGAGAUCGAGUCGGCGCUGAUAUUGCAUGCGGGCGUCGCAGAGACCGCAGUGAUCGGGUCGGCGGACGAGCUGACGGGGCAGGCCGUGUAUGCGUUCGUGACGCUCAAGCCCGAAUUCAAAUACGACCCCACCGACGAGCCCGCGCUCGCCAAAGAGCUGACCCUGCAGGUGCGCAAAGUCAUCGGCCCGUUCGCGGCGCCGAAGCGCGUGCACGUCGUCGGCGACCUGCCCAAGACGCGCUCGGGCAAGAUCAUGCGCCGCGUGCUGCGCAAGAUCGUCGCGGGCGAGGGCGACCAGCUCGGCGACCUCAGUACGCUCGCGGAGCCGGGCGUGGUGGGCGCUAUCAUGGAGAAGGUGGGGGCGGACGGGGCGUAG